AUGGCGGAGCCCAGCGCCGAGUGCAGCAUCAAGGUGCUGUGCCGGUUCCGGCCGCUGAACCAGGCCGAGAUCCUGCGGGGGGACAAGUUCCUGCCCGUUUUCCAGGGUGACGACAGCGUCGUGGUGGGGGGCAAGCCCUAUGUCUUCGACCGUGUCUUCCCCCCCAACACCACCCAGGAGCAGGUGUACCAUGCCUGCGCCAUGCAGAUUGUCAAGGAUGUGCUGGCUGGCUACAACGGCACCAUCUUCGCCUAUGGGCAGACGUCAUCAGGCAAGACCCACACCAUGGAGGGCAAGCUGCACGACCCCCAGCAGAUGGGCAUCAUCCCCCGCAUCGCCCAGGACAUCUUCAAUCACAUCUACUCCAUGGAUGAGAACCUCGAGUUCCACAUCAAGGUUUCUUACUUUGAAAUUUAUCUGGACAAGAUCCGGGACCUGCUGGACAUGACCAAGACCAACCUGUCGGUGCACGAGGACAAGAACCGGGUUCCCUAUGUCAAGGGCUGCACCGAGCGUUUCGUGUCCAGCCCUGAGGAGAUCCUGGACGUGAUCGAUGAGGGGAAGUCCAACCGACACGUGGCCGUCACCAACAUGAACGAGCACAGCUCCCGCAGCCACAGCAUCUUCCUCAUCAACAUCAAGCAGGAGAACGUCGAGACAGAGCAGAAGCUCAGCGGGAAGCUCUACCUGGUCGACCUGGCUGGGAGUGAGAAGGUCAGCAAGACGGGGGCCGAGGGGGCCGUGCUGGACGAGGCCAAGAACAUCAACAAGUCGCUGUCAGCGCUGGGCAACGUCAUCUCGGCCCUGGCCGAGGGCACGAAAGCCUACGUGCCCUACCGGGACAGCAAGAUGACCCGGAUUCUGCAGGACUCGCUGGGGGGCAACUGCCGCACCACCAUGUUCAUCUGCUGCUCCCCGUCCAGCUACAACGACGCCGAGACCAAAUCCACCCUCAUGUUUGGGCAGCGGGCCAAGACCAUCAAGAACACGGCGUCAGUGAACCUGGAGCUGACAGCCGAGCAGUGGAAGAAGAAGUAUGAGAAGGAGAAGGAGAAGAACAAGGUGCUGAAGGAGACCAUCACCAAGCUGGAGGCUGAGCUCAGCCGCUGGCGGAACGGGGAGAACGUGCCCGAGACGGAGCAGCUGAGCGGGGCCGAGGCGGAGACAGAGACCGGCACCGGCGAGGGGCCGGGGUCGGGGCCGGAGCCCACCAGCGAGACGCCCCUCAAUGACAACAGCUCCUCCAUCGUCAUCCACAUCUCCGAUGAGGAGCGCCGCAAGUACGAGGAGGAGAUCCGCAAGCUCUACAAGCAGCUGGAUGACAAGGAUGACGAGAUCAACCAGCAGAGCCAAAUCAUGGAGAAGCUCAAACAGCAGAUGCUGGACCAGGAGGAGGUGCUGGCGGCGGCUCGCGGCGGCGGCGAGGCGGCGCGCCGGGAGCUGGCGGCGCUGCGGGCCGAGCACGGCGCCGCCCGCGCCGAGGUCGCCGAGGUGCUGGCGGCGCUCGAGGAGCUGGCGCGCAGCUACGACCGCAAGGCGCAGGAGGCCGAGGACAGCGGGCGCCACAACCGCCGCCUCGCCGACGAGCUGGCCCGCACCGAGGCGACGACGCUGUCGCUGGAGACGGAGCUGCAGCGGGUGCGGGACGUGAGCGGGCAGCAGCGGAAGCGGGCGGCCGAGGUGCUCAACGGGCUCAUGAAGGACCUGAGCGAGUUCAGCGUCAUCGUGGGCAACGGCGAGAUCAAACUGCCCGUGGAGGUGAGCGGGGCCAUCGAGGAGGAGUUCACCGUGGCCCGGCUCUACAUCAGCAAGAUCAAGUCGGAGGUGAAGUCGGUGGUGAAGCGGUGCCGGCAGCUGGAGAACCUGCAGGUCGAGUGCCACCGCAAGAUGGAGGUGACGGGCCGGGAGCUCUCCUCCUGCCAGCUCCUCAUCUCCCAGCACGAGGCGAAGAUCCGCUCGCUCACCGAGUACAUGCAGAACGUGGAGCUGAAGAAGCGGCACCUGGAGGAGUCGUACGACGCCCUGAGCGAGGAGCUGGCCCGGCUGCAGGCCCAGGAGACGGCUCACGAGGUGGCCAUGAAGGACCGGGAGCAGGAUGAGACCCAGGAGACGGACGAGGUCAAGAAGGCGCUGGAGCUGCAGCUGGAGAGCCACCGCGAGGCCCAGCACAAGCAGCUGGCCCGGCUCCGCGACGAGAUCAACGAGAAGCAGAAAACCAUCGACGAGCUGCGGGACCUCAACCAGAAGCUGGAGCUGGAGCUGGAGAAGCUGCGAGCGGAGCACGAGGCGCUGCGGGGCGAGGAGCGGGCCAAGGCCGCCCGGCUGCAGGAGCUCACGUUUCUCUACGAGCGCCACGAGCAGUCCAAGCAGGACCUCAAGGGGCUGGAGGAGACCGUGGCCCGUGAACUCCAGACCCUCCACAACUUGCGCAAGCUGUUUGUUCAAGACGUCACGACUCGAGUCAAGAAAAGCGCAGAGCUGGAGCCCGAGGACAGUGGGGGGCUGCACUCCCAGAAGCAGAAGAUUUCCUUUCUUGAGAACAACCUGGAGCAGCUUACAAAGGUUCACAAACAGCUGGUUCGUGACAAUGCAGAUCUGCGCUGCGAGCUUCCGAAGCUGGAGAAACGCCUUCGGGCUACGGCUGCGCGAGUUCAGGCCCUGGAGGGGGCCCUGAGGGAGGCCAAGGAGGGGGCCCUCAAGGACAAGCGCCGCUACCAGCAAGAGGUGGAUCGCAUCAAGGAGGCCGUGCGCGCCAAGGGGGCCGCCAAGCGCGCCCACAACGCCCACAUCGCCAAGCCAGUGCGGCCGGGGCAGGUGCCGGCGACGUCGCCCACGGCCCCCUCGGGCGCCCGCGGCUCCGAGGGGCUCAGCUACACCAACAGCCUCUUCCAGGGCUACCCCGGCCCCCAGGGCUACUUCGCCAACGGCUCCAGCGCCGUCUCCAGCAGCCCCCCGGACGCCUACCAGCAGCUCAACGUGGACAACGGGAACGUGACAGACAUCAAUGAUAACAGGAGCGACCUCUCCUGUGCGUGCGAAGCCGAGGAGCAAUCCAAGCUGUUCCCCCUGCGCCAGGAGACCGCUGCCAGCUAAUGCCCCCCCGCCAGGUCCCGCCGGCCCCGGCCCCGCUCGCAUGCCUCUGUGCCGCUCUCCGUGUCCUGUGUGCUCGCCGCC